AUGACCAAACGCCUCCAUCGGUCAUUAUCAUCAUCGUCAUCGUCGUCGUCGUCAGAUGUAUCUUUUCUUGAAAACGAUGGAUUGAAUUUACUUUCGUUAUCCAGUCAUACUCCAUGUCGAACAAAAUCUUCCGGUCGAUAUCAAUCGGAUAUCUAUACUGGUUUAAUAUCUUCCAAUCGUCUGUAUUCCAAUGGGAAACCAUUUACUCGUUUAGAGCAAUUAAUUACUAUUCAUCAUGAUGACCAAAUUCGUUCCUUAUUGUUAAUACUGCGCCAUUACGCUAUGAAACAUCAAUGGACCAAGAUUCUCCUGUAUCUCAAAUCACUUUUGCAGUCAUCAUUUUGUCGAGCCUAUAUGAGACUCUAUUGGCAAUUGAUCUUUCGUUAUCUAAUCGAACACAUUCAUGAUCAGAAUCAAAUUGAUGGUUUAUUUCUAUCACAGAUUUUCGAAAAUCUAUUUCACUCACCAACAAUCAACCGCACUCAGACAUUUUAUUCACAUCUUUGUUUAAAUUUGUUCAACCCUCAAACAAUUCAUUUGUACCAUGAUAUUGAAACACGCUAUAAAAGUCUCCCACCACCAUUCUAUUCUGGUCGGUGUAAACAUGUUUCGUACAUAUCAAAAUAUAAUCCUAAAUUCGAACAAUUAUUGUUGAACAAUCUUCAUUUUUUAUACGAUUACCAGCAAUGGUUACAAGACUAUGCUCUAUUUCAAACCAGUGUUAAUCCAUUUUGCAAUCCAAUUAAAUUUCUGAUCGAAAAUGAACGCGAUUUAGAAUUAUGGACAUUCAAAUUAACAACGAAUUUCCAAGAAAUUCAAUUCCUUUCCAACGAAUAUUUUGAUAAUUAUGAUCUAUACCUAUUAAAAUAUCUGUAUUUUCUUUAUGUAACCGACACAAAUGUCGAACAGAUUCCAUCGAUACUUCAGUUGUAUAUUCAACAGCAUGGAACAUAUAUUAAUGCAUACAAAUAUCAUUACUGGUUCGACUCGAAUCUGAGUGUAUUGAAGAAAUUAAUUGAAUUAGAUCCAAGUUCAUCUCCAUAUGUAUUGAUGUAUUGUCAAGAAAUAGGAAAUUUUAUUGAAAUAUUCGACCGAUUAUUUGAUUAUUUUGAUUAUGAGAAGAAUAAAAAUGAUUAUCAAGUAUGGCAAUUCUUUCUAACAAAUCUCUUGCGAUUUGACGUGAAUGAUCAAGAUAUUAUUCGAUGUAUACAAGAAAAUUGGACGAUAAGAAAGUCGAUAUGGGAAAAGUUUCAUUUUCAACACUUCGACAAACUUCAUUAUGACAAGGCAAUGCUUGGCUAUAUUUUGAUUGAUAAAGAAGAUAUGCGAUUAAAUAUACGACAGCGAUGGUUAAAUGACGAAUUCAAUGAACAUGCAGAGAUGUUACAUCGAUAUUUGACAGUGAUGGAUUAG